AUGAAUAUUCACUUAAUAUUUUCUUUAUUCAUUUCUCUUAUUUUGGUUCCUUCAAAAUCCUUAGGGUGUAAUUGUGGUGAUAGUGGCCCCCUCUCUUCUACCGAUCCUUUCGAUGCUUUAGGACCUUGGCACCAACGUCAUUUGGAUUGCGGGAUCCCUCCAUUUGCCUAUCGACUUCCUCAAGAUGCUCAGGCAAAAAUUCACGCAAUUUGGGUUAAUUACCAAGCAGGAGACGAAUGUGAACAAGAGCAGGAGCAAACCCGAGCAAUUAUAAUGGCAAUCCCAGAAGAGACUCGAAUGCAACUUUUUAAAGGAGUUUGUGGACCUGGGUUUUUAAAAAAUGAAUCGGAUGAGGUUAGAGAUCGUUUUAUGCAUGUCUGGUUUAAUGAUGAUAUGACAAUUGAACAAAAACAGACUGACUUUCGGAAAUUGGCACAAGAAUUACUCAAAAAUGAAGAAUCGAUUGCUCGCUUUGCCAAAUUCGAUCAGAAACUUUCAGAACAAAUUUCUGAACGGCACCUAACAAUUCAAAAAUUAUCGGCAAAUGCAAGAGAAGCUUAUAAUAAAUGGGUUAAUUUUAGAAAACAGGAACACAAUUUCCUCUCAUCUUUACCGCCCGAAGUACGUGCUGAACUUGGUUUAAUGUAA